AUGAAGCGCCGAGCACUUGUAGAAGCGAAAAAGCCAGUAGAUGAUGAUGUUGUAGAUGAACAAGAGGAAAAUCCGGGCGAAGAUCCGCAGGACAAGCCCAGCAUCAGCGGCAGCGAUGGCGACGGCAGUGACAGCAGCGGCGGCAGCGGCACGAGCGGCAGCACAGACGGCGAGGACUCUGACGGAUCCUCGGCGCCAGAGGUGUCUGAUGAAGAUGAGGAGGACCCAGACGAUGAGGAUGGGGAGGCAUAUGAUAAGAUUGACGUGGACUUCCAAUUCUUUGACCCAAAGGUCGGGCGGGUGAUGUCCAGCCCGGGCUUGUGA